CACACACACACACACACACACACACAGACACACACACACACACACUGAUAAGGGGAGGCUCAUGUAUGGAAACACAUUAGUGUCAAAAACAGACUGAGCUCACAGCAAAGUGAAGCUUUAAAGUUUUACUGUAGUACUUUACAGCAGUGCAGUACUGCCCUUGAAGUAUAAUUUAGAGGUAUUUUUACUUCAUGUUGUACUGUGAUUAUAACGAUCUGACAGCAGGUCUGACUGACGUCGUCUUCAGCUGUGGACCGGAGACAACGUGGUCCUGUGAGUGAUCCAGAUCAAUGAAAGGCUGGACCAGAACCACUUCACACCUUUAACUGAUGGAACUGAAGUUCACACCGGCACACACACACACACACACACACACACACACACAGCUUCACUUUAAACACGUUGUUCUAGUUGUUAUUAUCAACAUGCAGAGAGAUCACACAUGUUUCAGCAUUAACUCGUUAACUGUCGGCUCAUUAAUUAAACUCUGAAACUGAAACUCUUCAUCAUCACUGAAGUGUGACUGUUUUUGUUAUUAACGUGCUUCCAUACACUCAGAGAGAAAUACCCACAGAGACGCCCACAGGAAUGACUGAGCAAACACACACACACACACACACACAGUCCUGCAGUGUGUCAGGAGUUUUCAGUCCGUCUCUCAGUCAUGUUAUCCUUGGCCGCCCUCUCGCUCCGUCUUGGGGCCUCUGGUUGCCAGGGAAGCAGGCGCUCCAUAGCAACCGUCAUUUCUGGCAACAAGACGUCCAAGUCGGUGAGGGAGAGGCUGAAGAUGGAGGUGGAGAAGAUGAAGAGUCACUUCUCGGGGUUCAGACCAGGUCUGGUCGUCUUACAGGUGGGAGACAGAGACGACUCCAACCUGUACAUCAGCUCCAAACUGAAGGCUGCAGCCGAGAUCGGAAUCGAUGCGAAACACGUGAGGCUGCCGAGCACGGCGACGCAGGACGAGGUCCUGCGCAGCAUCAUGUCCGUUAACGAGAACCCGUCUGUCCACGGUCUGAUCGUCCAGCUGCCUCUGGACUCUGUCGACCCCAUCGACGCCGAGCUCAUCACCAACGCCGUCUCUCCAGAGAAAGAUGUGGACGGCCUGAGCUGUAUUAAUGCAGGGAAGUUGUCUCGAGGUGACCUGAACGACUGUUUCAUCCCCUGCACCCCCAACGGCUGCAUGGAGCUCAUCAGACAGACAGGCGUGUCUGUGGCGGGGAAACAUGCAGUUGUGAUUGGUCGCAGUAAGAUCGUCGGGGCACCGAUGCAUGACCUGCUGCUGUGGAACCACGCGACUGUGACCACCUGUCACUCCAAGACACCAGACUUACCUGAACAGGUGGGCCGGGCUGACAUCCUGGUCGUGGGGGCGGGGAGAGCAGAGAUGGUGAGAGGAGAGUGGGUGAAGGAAGGAGCUGUGGUCAUCGACUGUGGGAUCAACCACGUUCCAGAUGAGACGAAGGCGAGCGGUAAACGAGUCGUCGGAGAUGUCCACUACGCCUCAGCCAAUCAGAGAGCAGGAUUCAUCACACCUGUUCCAGGAGGGGUGGGGCCGAUGACAGUGGCCAUGCUCAUGGAGAACACGGUGCAGAGCGCUCAGCGUUUUCUCCUGAAACAUCAGCCGAGGAGGUGAAACACAGCAGCACAGCAGGAAACGCUCAGAGGGAUCGACUGAACACUAACACAGGGAGAAGUCAUCAGCAUCAGUGCUGAGGAGAGAAGAUUCAACAUUCACAAGAUCAAAUUCAGCUUGUUGCCUGUCAGCCUGAACUCAGGGCAAAAUGAGACGUACUCCUUUAAACUGCACUGCGGCUCUGUUUGUUCAAGGAUCAAAGGUCGUCACCAUGGAAACACCCACCAGCUGUUUCCUGCUGUGGAAUCAAGUCAGCAUGAAGUGACCAGAUCUGAUUAAUGUAAGAUCAGAAAAAUCUGUUUAAUGAGUUUUUAAUGUUUGAUCUUUAAUGUUGCACAAAUCAUUGAUACAAUAUAUCAUAAUCUAAACAAUAUGAUGAUAUAAUAUUAGUUAUCAUGAAGUCCUUUAUUUUAUUUGAAUCAUUCUGUUCAUCAGUUUCAUGUCUCUUCAGUCUGUUUGUGUUGGAGCAUCAAUAAAGUUUGAGU